AUGGCGCCGCUGCCAGACACUCCGCUUCCUGCUCAAGUCAACGACCCAAACACCCACGAGACCAUCCAAUCCUUUCUGCAAUUCCUGAACAAACACAGCUGCGAAGGCAUCACCUUCCACGCCGGGUCCAGGCCUCGAACGCGCCGCUUCUUUCCUGAGCGUGCGGUCAAGACGUACUUCGACUGCACGCGACACGACGACGCGCAGCGCGUGAGGGAACUUGUGGCGGCGGCCACUCAAAGGUCAUGCAAAAGCCCAGACUAUCGCACAGUCGCCAGUGAUUGCCCCAGGGUGUUCUCAAUCCUGGCUUCUAUUGGGCAGUCGCAAUAUAUCGACCACUUUGUUCACCAAGCCAACCUGCAAGAUGGCGCACUACCUUUCCGCCGAGAGGCGGCACACCUGUUUCCUGUCAUCGCCAACAACACAACUUUCUUCGAGGCCUUUUAUCAGAAACAGUGGGAGUUUUGUGUCCUUCCCCUAAAGUAUCGCCUCGACCCCGUAGUAUUCGAGGAUGACCGCAUCCUGCCAAUCCUUUUAUCCGAGAGGUUGGACAGAAGACACGGCUCAAGCGCCUCGGUACACAAGAUCGUCGUCCACGGGGAUUACGACGCACUAGAUCGUGGCCAGGCUCCACAGAGUAUCCCACACGUAUAUGCCCUCAAGUCGUACUACCCGACCGCGGCCGAUGACCGUGAUCCGAACGGCGAUAAUGACCUUCCCAGACCGAAAGAUUAUUAUGACGCAGAGGUGGAGGCCUUCAGGAGGCUCAACGACUCUGGCGAGCCUGCGCCGAACCUGAUCGGUUUUUAUGGUGCUUUUACGCAGAGCAAAAAUCGUCACAUCAUCCUACAGUAUGCCAACGUCGGCACGCUGGAAGACUAUUGGAAGAAGGUAGAACCUCCCAAAUUGGGACAUGAUAUCUCGACCUUGUGGAGCAAAGUCUUUGAGGUCUGCAACGCGGUCGUCCAGAUACACGAGCGUGAAGGCGACGGUAACACAGGACGCCCACAGAUCUUCCGAGGAUGGCAUAAUGAUCUCAGACCGGCCAAUAUCCUCGUUGUGGGCGAUAUCGAGGACAGGCCUUACGAAGUCCACUUCAUGGUCGCAGACCUUGGUUUAAGCCAUUUCUCUGCCAUAGUUGAGGGCGAUGGCAGUACAACCAGAGAGGGCAGAGGAGGCUCGCAGGCUUACAGUGCACCCGAGCGGAAUCUGGCGACCAGUUCGCCAAGCAACUUCAAGCCCAGGGUGAAGCAAAACAUCGACACAUGGUCACUUGCGUGUAUCAUCAGCGAGUUCCACGUCUGGACCAUCGGCGGUUACCACGGAAGAGAUUACGGCGUGUUGGCAUACCGGGAUGCGAGACAAACCCACAAGGACGUGUGCACAUCCUUCGGUGCCUGCUUCCAUGACAGAAAAGGAAAUCUGCUCGCAACGGUAGAGGAGUGGCACACGCGCUCGGUAAGCCUCUGUGCAACCCAAGACCACAUAACGCCGACUAUCUGGAAGGAGCUCCUCCGCCGAAUGUUUGCUCCUUCAGAGUAUCGACUGCAAUCAAAGCAAGUCGUUAUGGAUUGUCAAGAGAUCAUCAAACAAGCCAGCGACCAGCUCGCCCCGUCGCGAGCAACAGAAAAGCCUACACCGGCAGCGACACAGCAGGGCACCUCGCCGCCGCGCACGCCACCGCAAAUCCCCCCCGAGUACCGACAUCAGCAAUCGCAAGAAGGAGCCAACGGUGAGCCGCGGCUUCCGUCAGAUGGGCACAGAACCGUGCUACGUUCAAGCGAAGACGACGGUCAUUCUGGCAGGUUUACGCCAAGUCCAAACAGUCUUCAGCCUCUGGGGUCACCGUUUAGCAACCGAGCCUCGGCCCGGUCGACGCCUGACUAUCAUCGCCGGUCUUAUCUCUCUGUCCACACUCGAACCACAUCAGCGGGCACAGAGGAAUCUGGUCACAAAUCGCCCCAGAGCGCAGCACAGCGCUUGUCCAUCGAGCGGUCCCCCUUUUCAACCAGAGGCAGCGUCGCGAUCCGACAUGAGCCUACAGAAGCCAUCCCGGCCGAACUGUUCCGAAGGCAGACUAUGCCUACAGAGGUAAUAGCGGGCCACGAUAGCCGUCCUGAGUCGAACCUCCAAGCCCAGCCGUUAGACAUAGCAGGACUGCCCGAACUGCCUGAUAGCAGCACAACCAAGGGUAAAGAACGAGUAGCGGACGAGAGGCAACCUCACGAACUUGCCGCGAGCGAACCAGCAAGAUACUUAUCCGUUGACGAAUUGAUGCAGUGGGUUGCCCAAACUCGUGAAGCGUCGAAGCAAGUGUUCUCGCGACGGAAGGAAAUACCACUACCCUUCGAGAACGAACUGCUUGGUGAGCUAAAAGAGCGAGAUCACGUUUUUCUCAUCGACGACAGCUCGAGCAUGGGCGAACAUUGGCACAAGCUCGAAAAGCUGUUCAAUGGCAUGAUCUACAUGGUAAAAAAGAAGAAGCUCGAUCUCAAUGGCAGUGAGCUUCGAUUUGUCAUGUCUGACCAAUGCAAGGAAGCACAAAACACCACCCCCCUCAUCAACAUGGUAAAAGCAAGAGGGGAGUAUCUAAGCGGCCAGUCGAACCUUGCCCACCGCCUGGAACGGAUUUUCCAAGCGUAUCGCAAGAAGUUGCAGAGGUGUCCAACAAGUACAAAAUCUAUCAGCCUGUACAUUUUUACGGAUGGCAAAUGGCAGCCAGGUGAACGGCAGCUAGAAGAAGUUGCAAACGCCAUCAAAGGAUUGGUCCACUUUCUGCAAAAGAACGGCUAUCCAAAAACGACGGCUGGAAUCCAGCUUAUCCAGUUCGGAAACGACUCUGUGGGCAUGGAAAGGCUUCGGUGGCUUGACGAGGAUCUGCCAAAGGAACAUGGCUUAACAUGGGAUAUCUGCGACACCACCGCCGCCAAUGACAACGUGUGGAAGAUGCUACUCGGAAGUAUCAAUGGCUACUGGGACGAUGACAAAUAG